UUGAAAUGCAUCAUUUAUUGGCAAUAACGUCGUAUCUUUCCUUCCUAUUAUCUUCUUCAAUACUUUGUUCUUUAACUAAUUACAGAAGCUAGUUUGGUGUCGAACAAGAUUAUGGAUCUACUUCAAGGCCAAGGAUCCAAUGAAUUAUUCCAAGCACAAUCUCAUCUGUACAGUCAUAUAUUCCGCUUCAUAAGUUCCAUGUCUCUGAAAUGCGCAGUUCAAUUAGGCAUACCAGACAUAAUCAGCAACCAUGGCCAACCCAUCACUCUCUCUGAGUUGGUCUCCGCACUUGAUAUUCACCCAACAAAAGCCGGCUUUAUCUACCGUCUCAUGCGCUUAUUGGUCCACGAUGGCUUCUUUACUUCCACGAAAAUUGGUGAGAAUGAAGAAGAAGAAGAAGAAGAAGCAUCAUAUGAUUUGACCCCUUCUUCUAGACUCCUCUUGAAAGAUAAGAUCCCUUCCUUGUCCCCCUUUCUUGUAGCAAUGCUUGAACCAGCGAUCACAACUCCCUGGCAUUCACUAGGAAAUUGGUUUCAGAGGGAAGAGGAUAUGACACCUUUUGAGUCGGCACACGGGAUUAGCUUUUGGGCCUAUGGGAACAAGAAUUCAGAAUUCGGCAAUCUUUUCAAUCAGGCAAUGGCCAGUGAUUCUGGGAUGAUGAACUUGGUUGUUAAAGAUUGCAAGCUGCUUUUCGAGGGGCUGAGUUCGUUGGUCGAUGUAGGCGGCGGUACUGGAACGGUCUCGAAGAUCAUCACCGAGGCAUUCCCUCAUUUGAUAUGCACAGUGCUUGAUCUUCCUCAUGUGGUCGCUAAUUUGCCAGACACUGAAAACUUGAAGUUUGUUGGAGGUGAUAUGUUUCAAGAUAUCCCUUCAGCAGAUGCAAUUUUUCUUAAGUGGCUGGUACAUGCUUGGAGCGAUGAGGAGGGCUUGAAGGUCUUGAAGAAAUGCAGAGAAGCUAUUCCUAGCAAUGAAGCUAUUCCUAGCAAUGGUAGAGGUAAGGUCAUUAUAAUAGACAUAGUAAUAAACAAAGAGAAAGAUGAGCGUGAAUUGACUCAAGGAAAGCUGUACUUUGACCUGUUGAUGAUGGUUGCUGUUUCUGGAAGAGAGAGAAGCAAGAAAGAAUGGGAAAAGCUAUUCUUGGAGGCUGGUUUCAGUCACUUCAAGAUAACACCCUUGUUUGGUUUAAGGUCGUUAAUUGAGGUUUUUCAUUAGGGGGAAAAAAUGUAACUUUUAACAUUAAUGCGAUUGUUGGUCAUGUUUGGUUACUUGUAUUAUUAUAGUGAAGGUGUUUGGUGUCAUAAAAUAUUAAGGUCAUAUUUAGUUGCUUGUAUUAGAUUGUAAUGCAGUAUAUUAUGCAUGCUGUCACUUGUCAUAAUAUAAUAGUAUUUAGGUGUCAUUAUAAAUUAUGGAAUCUAAUAAUCUACUGUAUUU